GUAGCUAUAAUUGGAUACUCUGUUGAUCUAGAUUGUCAAAUGAAUGAUCCUUAUGUUAGUGUUUCUCUAAAACAAACAAAAGAUAAAAAGGAUUUUGACAGGAUUGCAGAUGGAAUCAAAGUUACACAGAGUGGACAAAUAUUUACCAUCAACAAUGUUGAAAAGACUGAUGAAGGAAAAUAUUCCUGCAAAGUUGGACCAACUUCUAUGCGGAUAGAAAAAGUUUGGGUGGCGAAGGGAACAACAACAGGAAAAUACAUUUCUUCAUUUUCAAUACUUCCAACAAAUACUACAGCAAAAGAAGGAGAAAGUGUCACCUUCACUUGCACUGUAACUGGAAAAGACAUAAAAAAUGUGGAAUGGUAUAAAAACAAAAAGAGAGUUUCUAGUACAUCACAGAACUUUAAUGAUACAUAUGUGAGCACUCUUCAGCUGUCACCAGUUACAUCUUCUCAAGCUGGCCUGUUUGAAUGCCGUGCAACGUUUGCAUAUGAAUCAAGCAUGUAUAAGGCAUAUAAAGCCAAAUCAGGAUUGCUCUCAGUUACAGAGUUUAACUUCAUGGCAAAGAAGAGACAGUAUCAGAGAUUAUUUGUCGGAGACCCUCUGACAAUCAACUGUAGAACCAAUGACCAGACAGCAUCUUCCUCUAGUUUAUGGAAGAAGAAAGAUGAUACAAAUCCAGCAGAGGAAAUUCUUCCAAAUAACAGAUCUAUAACACAAAGGAAAAACAGAUUUUAUUUUAAAAGUGUGUCACUGGAUGAUGCCGGUCUGUACAUGUGCAAGGCUACCUUGCCAAGUAUAAACAAGACUAUUAAAGAGGAAAUUACUAGCCUGCUUGUCUUUACAGGUGAUCAAAGACGUCCUUGGCCUCAAGUGUACCCAUUCACUUCCAGUGUCCUUCGAGAUCAGAAUUUCAAUUUCUCCUGUCAGGUGCCCGGUAAUGGAGUCUCUAUCACAUGGUUGAAAAAUGGGGGGAAAGUUCAGAAUCACCAGACACAGUUACAAUCAAGGAAAACACUAAAAGGCCUUCCCUUAAAUGAAAAUAUUCUGAUGCUGAAGACAGUUUCAUGGGUAGAUGCAGCAAAUUACACUUGUGUAGUUACAACCUCUCAACAGCCAGGAUAUUCCAGCAACAUUACAAGGGAGUUAUUUGUUGAAGAAUGUCUUGAGCCCAAUGAAAAGUUUGGUGAUCCCACUGAUCCAAGUGGCUACUUUGUGUGCAAACAAGGGAUCCCUAUCAAGGAAUUAUGUCCACAGUGGAUGAUAUGGAGCCUGGAAGAAAAGCGCUGCACUUCAAAUCUGUCAUGGGUUGUUCGUGGCUCUGGGCUCUCGUAUGUCAUCUCAGGAACAGUAUUUCAAUUGGACUGCCAACUCAAUGAUCGAAAUACACAGGUGAAGCUAAGCAGAAAAUAUGCAGAGGAUGGGGACUUUCAAGAGAUUCCACAGUCAGACAAAACUGUUACACAAGAUGGCCAGAAUUUCUCAAUACUCUUUACUGGUAACAAGAUGACAUUCAAAUGCGAGGCUUUAGGGAAGAAUGGACAAGUUGUUCCUGAGCCAAAGGAAGUGAAACUUAUGAAGGCAUUAGACUUUCAGGUACAUGUUAACGUUCAAACCAUACCUCCCUGUAUUCAUGGUCCUUUGGAGGUAAAUGAGAGCGUCACAGUAGUCUGCAGUGGGUAUCAUCACGGUGGUGUAAAGUGGUUUAAGAUAAAUCCAGGAUCGACAGUUCCUCAGGACAUAACAGAUACAUCUAUGGUGAUCCGUCAAGCGUCACGUCCCUUGAAAACGGGUCAUUGGGAGACAAACGUUACUUUGGAACUGAAAAAUGUGAAGCGAAGCGACAGAGGGGAGUAUCUCUGCUGGAAAAGCAAUGGAUACAAUGCUACCGCCAACAUUAGUAUCAUCAUCGAUGUGGCAGUUCCCUCACCAGCAAGGAUAGCCGGUCCACCACAACACCGGUCUGUAGAAGAGCGUUCUAUUGUCACAUUCCGCUGCACUGUAAGUGGUUCCCCCCCUCCAACGGUACAGUGGCAGAAGGGGAACAGAAUAGUCGCCACAUGCGAAGGAAAAACUGGCAUUUGUUCCUCCAUCGAUGGAACUAAGUUUGUAGCAGAGUGGGGGGAUGAGAGAAGGUGUUUAAGCCAACUAUGGAGUUCCCAAACAAGCGGUAGAUGGCUAAGUAAGUUAAAUGUCGUGGACAUCCGGUUUCCGGAAGAUGACGAUAACUACACUUGUGUAGUUAACAAUGACUUGGAUGAACCAGUCAAACGGCAUGCACGGCUUCAAGUUAUAGUUCAUCCGAAGUUAAUCAAAGAAACUAAGAGCGGAUUCGAAAAGCCUGCUGUCUUCAAAAAUAGAAAAGAGGAGUUGAAGUGCACAACCGAACGCAGUAAUCCUGCAGCUAAUUUCUCGUGGAAAUAUCAGAAUAUCAAAAUCGGAUGCAAAGAACCUUCUGAUUGCCAACCAUCGGGAAAAUGGAUAAGAAUCUCGAGUAGUUUUGUUGGAAAGGUAGAACAACGGUCUCUUAAUACCAGCGUUCUUAUAGUACCAAGCCACAUCGAUAGAAAGUUUUUCAAGUGUACCGCAACAAACCCCGCCGACCGUGGAAAGAAAGACUCGAAGGUGUACGCGUUUAUUCGAAGAGACGUGCCAAUCUACCAAGAUUUAUAUGUCAAGCCCAAUCCUCUUGUGACAGCCAAUGUUGGUGAUAACAUCACAUUAACAUGUGAGGCCAAUAUUGGUGUCUUCAAAGAAUUCCCAUCCUGGUUUAAAGGAGGACAAACCCUCAGAAGUAGAUCAGUCAGGAAGGAUAAAGAAAUAAGUGAGCUUCGUAUAACUAAUGCGUCGCUCGACGAUGCUGGUCUUUACAUCUGUUCAGCCGUGAAGCUUAGUGAUGGAUUCAACAUGACAAAGUCCAUUGACUUGGUGUUGCAGGAGCUGACAAAGCCGAGUGUUUCCAUCACUCCUAAUGUAACCAGACUCGGAGGCCAAGGCGUUGAAUUAUUCUGCAAUGUCACUGCAAAUCCUCUGCCGGCAUCUGUCACUUGGAGACGAAACGGAGAAAUAAUAAAAAUUCAGAAAACCAAGAGUGACGACUGCGGUCAACUGCAGAGGGGUGUCUACGAAAUGAGUGGAGGAACGAUUCCCGGGGUUUGGCGAAUAUUUAUCUGCUCUGUCAGCGACUCUUAUCACACAGGCGUUUAUCAGUGCGCAGUGGAGAACGUCAGAGGUCCAGGAUCUGCUGAUACGUUCUUGAAUAUCUUGGAGGAGCCAACUGUAUCCGUGACAGAGAUCUCACAAUUUGAGGAAAAUGUCCAGCUGCAAUGUGCUGUGACUGGAAACCCACCUCCUACCGUGACCUGGCAGAGAAUCAACAGCGAAGGUCAAAUUGUGCUGCUACCUGAUGCUACGAGAAGAUUCGCCAACCAGACGGUGUAUAUCAUUGAAGUGUCGGUUGGGAGCGACGAAGCAUCAUAUCAAUGUGUGGCAACCAAUUCUCAAGGAAGGAAAAAUCAGACUUACGAUUUGCCCUCUAAACCCAUAGUCGGAGCUGUCAAACUCCUUAAGGACGAAAGCGAGUUCUCCAAAGUUGCCUUGAUCGUUGUUAUCGCUGUCAGCAGUUUCGUGAUCUUGUUCCUUCUAUUUAUCAUUGUGGUUCUUUAUCGGCGAAAGAAGCGAUACGGCGGAUUUUACAUCUUCACGCUUCCGCCUGCUCCUGAUUAUAUUAUGAAGUUAGAUCCAGAGAGAUCCUUGUUGGAACAAACAAGCAAACUGCCAUACGACGCUCAAUGGGAAUUUCCCAGGGAACGCCUUGAAAUUUUGAAGCCCCUUGGAUCUGGUGCGUUUGGCCAAGUAUUCCUUGCGCAUGCGGUUGGUAUCGUGGCGUUUGACCCGCGCGGUAGCACCAAGCGGAAGUCUGGACGCAGACGGUCAAGAUUUGGAUCCACGAGUCGGCCUUAUGUGAAUGACAAACGAGUAACAGCAGUUGCAGUGAAAAGUCUUAAAGAUUCUGCGACGGAAGCUGAAUAUAGGGAUUUGGCAUCUGAACUGAAGAUUCUGAUCCAUAUAGGCGAGCAUAAAAACAUUGUCAACUUGCUUGGCGCAUGCACCAAAGGUCGCGAGAGAGAUCUUUGGGUCAUAAUAGAGUAUUGUCCGCAUGGUAACUUACUGGAUUUCUUGCGGAAACGCCGAGACAUAUUCGAAGCAAAAUGGAGUACGCCUACCGAACACGCUGACGUUACAUUCACAACGAUUGAUCUUUACAUCUGUUCGUUGCAAGUCGCUCGUGCAAUGGAAUUCCUUACCUCAAGAAAAUGUGUUCAUCGUGAUCUUGCUGCUCGGAAUGUGUUAGUGGGUGAGGAUUAUGUUUUAAAAGUGGCUGACUUUGGAUUGGCGAGGGACAUCUAUAAAGAAGAGAAUUACGUCAAGACCACCUCGGGCUUGCUCCCAGUGAAAUGGAUGGCCAUCGAAGCCUUGGUUGACCGCGUCUACACGCACAAGAGUGAUGUAUGGUCUUUUGGGGUUUUGUUGUGGGAGCUGUUUACACUUGGUGGAUGUCCGUACCCAGGUCUCCCGGCCAACGAAGUUUAUCAGUAUUUGAUGGAAGGAAAUCGCAUGGAGAAGCCAUUGGAUUGCCCAAAUGAAAUGUACGAAGUAAUGUGCCAUUGUUGGUUGCAUAGCCCGGAUGACAGACCUUCAUUCACGGACCUUACUGCUGAGCUUGAUAAACGGUUGGAAGAGAGAUCUUCAGAGACUGGCGAAGGUUACCUUGAUCUUGAGAAUGCAGAAGAUGACCCAGACUUAAACGAGCCAACAUUUGACGAUGAAUAUCUGGAUCCAGGUGAAAGCCUCAUAAGACUUCCAGGCAGCCCCACUUCAGAACAAGAAAAACACGCCCCGCUGCCACCCCUCCCUACAGAAGACAUUGAGCUGGAAAUCUUUGAGCCAGAAAACCCCAAGGAUGAAGAAAAACAGAAAUUUAUUCUCCAGGACCCACCAAAGGAGAGAGUUGCCCGACGCAAGGACAGCGAGUUGGAAAAAACUCGUAAAGACACUCUCGAGAAAGAGAAGCCCAAAGAAAGUGUGAGCCAGGUAAAUGAUGACGACUUCAUAAGCCAGAAGGAACAGCUUCAUUCUGAAGAUGAAGAUAAGGACGUUUGCGAGAGAAACUCUGGAGUUUUCGAGUAUCCACCUGAAUACGAACAGAGAAAUUCGCCGCUUUCUAUGCAAGAAGAUGGCUACUACAGCGACCAGAACUCGCCAGGCGCAGACGAAAGGCAGAAAUUCAUUCCUUCUUCGGACGAUGUGUCUUAUAAAGGAGGAAAAGCUGGCCUUCGAGGAAGGCAACCCUCCAACAGAUACGUGAAUUCAUAAUGAAAAUAACCAAUAAAAUAAAAUAAUUGUACACGAAAUGUUUGGGAAAUCAAGCAAUAAUAGUGUGUGUAGGUCCACUCAGAGCUGCACUGGUUUUGACCCAGCAAAAAUUUGCUCUGUCUAAGAAAGAAAAAGAAUACUUUGAAUGAAUGACAGCAAAUUUGUAAUUUUCAAAGAGACAACCGCGACAAUCGUACUUCCGACGACAUUAGAGAUUUCAAAAACGUCCACAGUUGUCUAAGAAGUGUUUGUUUUCUGUUCAAAGAUCUUGCAGAUCUUUUGGCCUUUUACAAAGUAUUGGCGGUUGUUCCAAAAGACAAAAACUACGAUAGCUAUAGAAAGCUUAUAUCAAAUUCAAAUAUUUAUUCAGUCAAUAAAUAUAUAAACAGAUAAUUAACAAGUUCUGUCUUUUUUGCAGAAUACAAUGUUACUUCUCUGAGAUUUGAAUGACUUAAAAAGAAAAUUUCUGGACAGAGUAACUUGGUAUUCUGUGGAAAUGCGAUUAUUCUGAUUAUGUCACAGAAAUAUCUAUUCGCUUAAACAUUUUGCUACAGGCAUGAUCAGCAUUUGAGUUCUUACAAUUCUAAUUCACUGUCAAACAGACUGAUAAUGGGAAUAAAUGAAAUUAUCAAUGAAGGUAAAUUAUGCUGAUAAAACUCUAUGUUAGAGAGAGGCAACAAAUAUAUGGUGGGCAUUAGUUAGUAGAAUCACGUCUCAGAUCAUGAGAGUGGUGGGUAAGGGGAGAUGGUUUCGCUCGACAGGCUCCAGGCAGCGUAAAGUGGUUUUGAUCACCAAAGACCACUUACGGAGGCUGUCUAUAUUUUGUUCAAUUUCAGGUUUGUUUCGUUUUACUUAGGCCUUCCUAUCCUAUGAAAGACCUCCAGUUUUUAAUGUAGCAUACCAGGAUAGUUCUUAAAGUAGGAGAGCGGAGUGAUAGUAAGAAGGCGCGGUGGGGAAAAUGGAAGAGGUAUGUCGCUCUCGGGGAUUUUGUCUGAUAAAAGUGUAGAGGUUUCUACAGUUAACUGAGGCCUACAAGAAAAAAUUUACGAUAGAAUUAGUGAGAAAUUAUAAUGUAAUAUAUCGUAUUUAUUACAUGAACUAAUUUCAUUUUGUCACAGUUUUACGAGACCACUGCAUGAAUGGUCUUAAUAAAGUUUUGUUCUAAUUGUUA